AUGGCCGUCCUGUCCGUCGCCAUAACGCUCUCGUUCCACCUCAACGCCCGGCCGACGGAUCUCGAGAGGCGCGUGUCCAAGCCGCUGGGGGCCGUGUUCUGGCUUCUCGGCGUCGUCAUGCUUGCCCUCGGGCUGGUGAAUUACAUCAACGGGCGAGGCGAGGACGAGGACAAGGACAAGGACAAGGGCAAGGACAGGGGCAAGGGUGGGCGUGAGCGUGAGCGUGAGCGUGUGCUGAUGGACGACACUGCAGAUUCUGGGCACCUUGGCAUUCUGCAUCAUCGGCUCGAGUAUAAUUUUACUCGUCGUUACGAGAAUCCGCAAUCAGGCCGGGCACUGACUGACCGUCUGACUGACUGA